UAAAAAAAAAAACCCAUGUAAUCAGUACUUUUAAAUUAUUCAAUGUUUGGGGCCAAGUUUUCAAAAUCUGGUGUGUAUUUUGCACUCACAGCAUACUUCAAUUCAGAAUGGCCACCUUUUAAGUGCUCAAUAGCCACCAUGUGGCUAGUGGCUACAGUACUGGACAGCACAGGUCUAGCUAGAUGUGCUUCCCUCUAAGAAGAUAUUCAGAGAGCUUCUGCCUCUGGCCCCAAAUGAACCAGUUCCAAGCAGGCCAUCACUCCUUCCCUCUCUGUUUCCUUUGGGUGGGAAGAGGACACUCCUGCAAGGAUAGGGAGUGUCUUUCAGUUAGGUAAGAGGAGCUGCAGAACUCUUCCUGAUUACUGAGUACAGCAACUAAGAAUUCCUAUACGAACUCUAUUUAACAUUAAAAUUGAACCAAACUGUGGUCAGAAUGAAUUGUCUUGCUGUUAAAACCAACACUGAAAAUUGAGUAGCUUUGUACUACUGAAUUCAACUGAGUACUUUGUUGUUACUUGUAAAUCACACUACAGUCAAGAUGCAAAGUUUACCAGGCAAUAUUCAAGUAACUUUUCAACUGUGUUUUUCCCCAGGUUACAGCAGAAUUAGUCCUGCCAUAACUUAUUACAAAUUCCAGGUUAAAUGAAAACUUGUAAUUCCUAGUUAUGUCAAAGGAUUGUAGUUUAUGGCAGACAAGUUGUUAAGAGCCUUAAAAGCCCACCUUAAAAAUGAAGCUAGAAAAGAAAAUGAGAAUCAGGAUGAAAUUCAAACUUCUGCAUCUUCUUGUGAUGAGAUUGAGGUACAGCUCAGCAGCCAGGAGCAAGCUGAGAGGGAGCCAGUGGGACAUGUCACCAAAACAAGGAGAAGGCGCAGGACUGUCUACAGGAGCCCUGACUCUCAGCAGGAUCAUUCAGAGAUAAAAGUAUGUGAUCCUACUGAAUUCCAGAAUCAAGAAAAGCAUGAAAACCAGGCUCUCAGAACUAUUGUAGAAGCUCCUUCUCUACCAAACAAGAGUCAAGAUGAGAAGGCAGUGCCCUCAGGAAAAAGUGGAAUAAAUGGUAAUGAAGGUCCAAAGAUACCUUCAGAAAGAAAGAAGUCUCUCUACACAGAUGGGUUUUCCAAACCCAGAAAAAAUAAAAGAACUGCAAGCACUACUCCAAAUUUUAAGAAGCUUCAUGAGGCUCGUUUUAAGGAAAUGGAGUCCAUUGAUCAAUAUGUUGAGAGAAAAAAGAAACAUUUUGAAGAACACAAUUCAUUUAAUGAACUGAAGAAGCAGCCCGGCACUAAGGGAGUGGUGGCAACUCCAGUUCCUCCCCGAGAAAGACUCUCUGUGGCUCGUACCCCCGCCAGCCAACGGGGCUCACAAGGCCGGCCCCACGCAGGCCGUAGCACCUCGUGUGUGAAGGGGCUGGCCAAGCGCUCCGUGCUCUCAGCAGCUAAGAUGAACGUCAGGUUUUCAGCUGCUACUAAAGAUAAUGAGCAUAAGCGUUCACUGACCAAGACUCCAGCCAGAAAGUCUGCACAUGUGACCACAUCUGGGAGUACCCCAAAAGGCCAGGCUGUGCUCGAGACACACAAGUUAAAGACCACAAGGGCUGAAUCUGCUGCUGUUAUUACCCCGUUCAAGUUGACAGCUGAGACAGCGCAGACUCCGAUCUCCCAUAGAAAACCACUGUUUGAUCUCAAAGCAAGUUUGUCUCGUCCCCUCAACUAUGAGCCACACAAAGGAAAACUGAAACCAUGGGGACAAUCUAAAGAAAACAGUUCUCUGAAUGAACAUGUCAACAGAGUAAGCUUACACAAGAAAAGUUAUAAACAGCCUCAUCGCCAGACCAGGGAGGAGCAACGGAAGAAACAUGAGCAAGAACGAAAGGAGAAGAAAGCAAAGGUUCUGGGAGUUCGAAGGGGCCUCAUUAUGGCUGAACAUUCAUAAUUUAAUAUCCCGUAAAUAUUCCUUUUCUCUGAACCCUCUUUUGUAAGUAUUUCUGUACUGUCCUCUCACUUUAGCCAAAAGACCUUUUUCUGCUCUUAACUUUGUUCAUAUAUAUGUAGUGUCUGUGGCUUCUUCACAUGUUUUACCCCUGAAAAGACAUUACUACCUUUAAAGCUCUCAAAUUCUUUUGAAAUAGUUUUUACCUAAGCCCCUGUACAACUAACUCAGGUUUCUAAAAAGACCCAUCCUGUAGAUUCUUGACCUAGAUUUUUAAGGUCAACUUCCCUCUGCUGGCUCUAACAGAACUUCAGUCCUCUUCUAGGCAAAAGCACUUACCUGAUGGUAGCUAAUUAUACUACAGACUUUAGUAGAAAUUGAACAAUAACAAGUUAUGAAUAGGGUAAGCUGUGAAAGGCCACCUCUUCAUCCUCUAGAGAACCUAGUAGUCUUACCGAAACUGUGGGCCAUAUGGGUUUAUAAGGCGUCAAUAUUUUAUCUAUGUGAAAUGUUUCAUUUAAGCUUCUAUGUACCUCUUUCAGAUCACUUCAUGUAAUUGUCAAUUACAUCUCUUUUUUUUUUUUCCCCUCAAUAUAUUCUUAAAAACAAAACUCUAGCUCAUUCUAGCCUGGCUUAUUUAGAAAUAUACAGGGUCAUAUUGAAAUUUGAGGAUUGUUGCUUUAAGGAUUACUAUAUGCUCUGUCAAACUUAUACAUCUUACUCAAUUUAUGGAAAAGACUAGAGUUGCUUAGUAUCAUAUUCAUGUCUGUUGCACCUGAAUGGAGCUUCCGAGUUUUGUACUGCUUAAAAUUUUCAUAAAUAAAAUUUUUUCUCAUGGGGG